AUGCUUAGAGGCGUCAGUCGAACUUUGUUACUGACCCGUUACUUCCAGAAGAAUUUAUUCAGUAGCACAACGAUGGCUAAUAGUGGUAGGCAGUGGAAUCCAAAGCUGAGUAGCGAGCAAUUGUCAGUUCUGAGGGAUAAAGGCACCGAAAGACCCUAUACUGGGACUUACUUAGAUAAUAAAGAAAAUGGGAUUUACCAUUGUGCCAAUUGUGAGGCACCCUUGUACUCUAGUGGAGCCAAGUUCGAUUCCGGAUGCGGAUGGCCUGCUUUCUACCAGGAAGUGUCAAAGGAUGCGCUCAGUUAUCACCGUGAUGGUUCACUAGGUAUGGAAAGAGUUGAGAUCUGCUGUGGUCAAUGUGGAGGUCAUUUGGGCCAUGUCUUCGAGGGUGAAGGCUGGCAAAAGAUGCUGGGGCAUCCAACAGAUGCUAGACACUGUGUGAAUAGUGCAUCGUUGACGUUUGCCAAAAAUAAGUAA